AUGAAAUUUAAUCUAAGAGAUUCAAACUUAAUUUCGCUUGCUGAUUUGCUGGUGAACUUAUUUGAUUUUAUAAGGUGUGUUUGGGUUGUAAAUCGUACUACUCAAUCAAGCGAUUUCAUUCGUUCAUAAUUUUUUCAAUGCCCGUCGGCUAACGAUGAUUAUUCAAAAGUCAUUACUGUGGAAUCGGCAGUUAUAAAAAAUUUUACGUCAACAUUUUCGGGGCACGAAGUCUGUAUUGUAAAUCCAAUUACUGCGGUUGCAGCUGACAAUUCAAAUGAAGGAAAUUCUUCGGGUUCGGAAAUGAAAACUAGUUUGCUUAUCGCUAAUGGCGACUCAGAUGCUAGUGGUACCCUAACAAACUGUGAAAGCGACUGUAGUCAGAAUCGAACUAAAUUAACGUCCAAUCAAUCAGAAGAUUGCUUGAUAAAAAAUUCAUUGAAUUAUUCGGAUAGUGAUAAAUCACAUUGGAAUAUGCAGAAAUUUGAUGUGAAUGAAUUUGAAGACGAGGAAAAAUUUGUCUAUAAAAAGAAUUUGCCAAAAUCGUAUUAUAUAUUUAAAGAAUUUAUGAUGACUGAACGAACUGCUGUGUUCGAUCUAAAAAUCUUGGCACAAAAUUUUCAACGAUUAUUCUUAAAGCAUACGUUAAUGUCAACUCGAACAUUUUCUGAAUUAUUUUCUACUAUUCAACCGCUUUAUGUAUUUCAUCGCGAUCUCUUAAACGAUCUCGAAAUUAAGAUGAAAAAUUGGGAAAAUUCGCAAAUCAUUGCAAAUGGCUGUUUUGGCUCUGAUCAUUUUCGCACCGGCGAAUUGUUUUUAUGUUCCGUUCAUAAUGCUCUUCAUUACCAUCGUGAUUUGAUCCAACAAGCACCAAUAUUUCUGGCAGCAAUUGAUGAACUCAAUCGAACUAAUAAAUCAUUUUGCAAUUCAUAUAGGUCAAUGCAAGAUGAGGAUUACUGCUACCUUCCUAUCAAUUGUCUAUUUCUAAAAGCUGUUUUCCGUAUGAUACUCGGUCGAAUAGUGGCUGCAUUUCUGGAAGAAGGUGGUGAUUCGGAUGGAACUACUCAGUUGAGCAGUAGUCGUGUUGCGCUCGAAAAAAUUGCAUCGUUCAAUAGGGAAUCGAAGAUAAUUCGUGAAAGUCUAGUAAAUUUCGUUAAAAUGGUUGAACUGCAGAGUUAUUUAACUGAAGUUGAAGGCCUCAUUCAUCCAAAAAGAAAGUUCGUUCGUGAAGGUUGGAUUUUCAAGUGGACAAAAAGAGGACUAAUUCCACACAUUCUGAUUUUAUUCAACGAUUCUAUACUUUUCGCACAUCGUUCUUCCAGUGGCUUUUCAGUGGAUGGAAUUCAUGAUCUUCGCGGAAUGACGAUAACUGAUGGAGAUUUAUUUCAUUUAACCAGCGAUCCCACAACUUGUAUCACUAUUCAUGCGUAUAAUCAACCGAUUAUUUUAUCAGCUAAUUCAACCAAUAGUAAAGAAAUUUGGAAAGAAGAAUUAUCGAAUAUGAUUGAGCAAGUGAAAAAAUGCAAAAUUGAACAAUUGCCUAAAUCGAUUACGACAAGUUCAUUCGCAAAAAGCGAUGACACUGGUUUUUAUGAAGAUUUCGUCGAUAGCCGUAAAAACUCAUCGACUAAUAACGUUGCUAUCGAACAAGAAAAUGUGGCACGCAAGAAAAGGAAUAGCAAGACGAAUGUGUCGCAAAUUUGUUGGUACCGUCAAUCUACUUUAAUGAUGAGUUCUUUGAUUAAGGCACCAAUUAAUCAAAUAUCUGGCUAUUUGUUGAGAAAACUUAGAACUUCAACUGGCUGGCAAAAAUUAUGGGUUGUUCAUGCUAACUUUACAUUGUUUUUCUACAAAUCGCAUCAGGAUUUGUCACCACUUGCUAUAUUACCACUUAUCGAUUAUUAUAUAUCAUUACCAUCGCUAAAUGAUGAAAUAGAUAGAGAAAAUGUUUUUAAAUUAUCAUACAAGACCCAUUUCUAUUUUCUUGCAACUGAUAGCUUCUACUCGUUAUCAAGAUGGGUGGAAACGAUAAGGGAAUCAACUCUUAACGCAAAUCGAUGUGAUAUCCUCGCAAGUCUAUUAUCAUAUCGCUUAUAA